AUGUAUAUUUAUAAUCUUCAUAUCUUCUAUUAUCUCACCUGUAUUAUUUUAAAAACAACUAGUGAUACACUUUACUGUAGUCUUCAUUUUAUUGUUGACUAUCCAUUAUGGACAUUGACAUUUACAACACGAGCAGAUCAUGAUUAUUUUCGAACAAAUACUUUACUCACUACUUAUAUCUAUCGAAAUGUCGAAGGACUCAAUGAACUAUACAAUCAUUAUCGUUUCCCUUACACAUCAAACAUAAAAAAUGUAACUGUACAAUUUUUUGUGCAUGGUAUUACAAUAGUGACAGACAAUAUAUGUAAUAAAAAAAAUCUUACAAACAAUCCAUUAGAAGAAUUUUGUUCAUCAGAUAUAAAUAGUGAUGCUCUUUUGGAUCUUAUAGUUCGAUAUAGUGAUUAUGAUAAACAACAUAAUAAUAAUGAACAAGCAUGUCUUUAUUAUGGAUUAACAUCAAGAAAACUUAAAUUGCAAAAUAAUCAAGGUAUUGCAUUAGGAUGGUCAUGGAGAGGACAUCUUUGUAGUGAAUUACGAGAGAUAAAUAAUUGGUCACCGACUAAAUCUGGUUUUAAUCCACGAUAUUAUGGAAAUGUUGGACUUGUUACUGUUAGUUUUGAUGCAAGCGAUUACAGUUUAAAUAAAGGUGAAAUGACAUUUUUUCAUGAAAUUGGUCAUUCAAUGAAUGCUCAUCAUGAUGAUGAUGGAGAAUUUAAAUAUCGACAAAAAGAAUGUAAUCCAUCAGAAGAACAAGGUGGAAGUUAUCUUAUGUAUCCAAGUGGUACUGAUGGACUUUUACCAAAUAAUCGAGCUUAUUCUCAUUGUACACUUGAUACAAUUUCAAAAUAUAUGGAAACACUCAGUCAAUCGAAACCAAAAUGUUUAUCAACAACAAAAAAAGUUCAAAGUAAAUGUGAUGGUAUUCUUUCAUCCGGUGAAAUAUGUGAUGAACAUGGAACAUCGAGUAAUUGUUGUACAUCAGAUUGUAAACUUAAACCACAUGCUGUUUGUUCACCAUCUACUGGUUCAUGUUGUCAAUCAUCAUGUCAAUUUUAUCCAAGUGGUUAUCAAUGUCUUGCUGAAAGUGAAUGUAAAAUGGCUAUUACAUGUUUAGGUACAUCAGCUAAUUGUCCAGAUUAUGAUACAAAUUAUUUUAAACCAGAUAAAACACUUUGUCGUAAUGGUACUCUACUUUGUAGAAAUGGUUCAUGUCAAGUAUCUAUUUGUACAUUAUAUUCUCUUUUACCUUGUCAAUUAAAAGAACGAGAAGAACAAUUAUGUAUGAUUGGUUGUCUAAAUACACAUGGUUUAUGUAUACCAUAUCAUACGAUUGAUACGAAUCCAGAUUCUUCGAAAAUUCUCUAUUUACCAUAUGGUUCAUCAUGUAAUACAAAUCAAGGUUUUUGUGAUCCAUCGCAUAAAUGUCUUCCUCUAUUAUUAGAUGAUAGUAUAAAUUUAAUUAGUACUGGAUUUAGUUCUCUUCUUCUUACUAACUAUACAGCUAUAUUUAAACAAUAUUGGUGGGCAUUUCUUUUGAUUAUUCUUAUGCAGAUGAUUCUAAUUCCAAUUGUUUUAUUCUACUUUCGUAGUCAAUGUAUUCCUUCAGAUAAUCCUUUUCUUCAAUAA